AUGGAGUAUUUGGAGAUUAAUGAAGCUCGUCGUUUGACUGCCCAAGGAGAAUACCGGGACGCUUUCAAGUCUUAUUUAACGGCAAUAGAAAAGCACCCAACCGUGAAAAUAUAUAAAGAAUACGAGUUCCGCGUGGUGUUGGCCAAAUUAAUGGAAGCGUUGUUCAAAAUGCCACGACACAGCUUCGAAAUGAUGUACUGCGUGCGUUAUGCCUUACGCGCUUUUCCCGAUAACAUCGUUCUAAUGACUGACAUCGGUGACAUCUUUUACAGCUACGGUAUGCAUGCCGAGGACCUGAUUCACUACGAAAAAGCUUUAAACCUCGAUUCGAGCCUUGUAAAUGUUGAAAUCAAAAUGAACGAGUCGAAGAAAAUGAUCUUUGACAGAGGUCUGUUCAGAUUAUAUAACGAUAAAACACGAAACGCCGCGUAUGGAUCCGCCAUGUACAUGGAGAUAAAACCUCAAUACGACCGAAUAUUAGACAUGGACGGGGGCAUUGGUUUAUCGGCGCUGAUAGCCCGCGGGUGCAAGGCGCAGUCCACUGUGAGCUUUAACUCAUCGCCUGCUCUCACCCAGCUCGUGCAAAGCAUUGUGCUAGAGCGACAAGACGACUCGAUCACUCUCGUAGAUCAUCCUAUAAGAGAUUUUAUUCCGUCUGGCAUUAUUGCUCGAGAUGCGCGGGCGCUGCCGCAUAAGGGAGAAUAUUAUGUUGCAGGAGCGGAAUGCAAACGUAUUGCUAAUAAAUAUCGACUGCAUGAAACAGUGAAGAAAAUUUUGAACAUUCCAAACUCAAAAGUGCUCUGUAUGUUACCUGAACAAAAAACAUUCUACAAAGAAGAUUUGAAUAUGUACGACGAUAUCAAAAUCAUGACGGAUGAACACUUAGUUUUCGAUAUCAAUUUUGAUCGAUAUGACCAUGUGGUAGCAAAAAAUCGUAAAUCAUAUUACGAUAUUAACCUAAUAGCAAAAGAGGACGGUGAAAUUGAUGUGACAGUGGGCUGGUUUAAACUUUACUUAACAAAAUACAUAGAACUAACGAAUGACCCGCGUACCGCUACUGUACCGUGUGAAAGCCGCACAAAGGGGUGGUCGCAAGCUGUAUUUCCGGAUUUUGUACCGACAAAAGUAAACAUCAAUCAGAGCACACCAAUUAAAUUUGUGUUGAAAGAGGGAAAAAUAGCUUUCCAAACAGAAUUCAGCAAACAGAGAAUCUCAAUUUCCCCGAUUAGAUUUCUAAACGACACAGUUUUCAUGAACGCAAUAAUUCGUUGUGUUCCGGCAGCUUGUGCUUAUCUGCAGCAGAUAGUAGAUAUAACCGACACAGAUAUAAUUGACUUUAGUCCAUUCCCGAUGUUCGGGCUUCAAAUGAUGCUUCGAGGUGCAAGAUCUUUGCUCUGCCACGCGUGGAGUUUGGAAGACCAAAACUUUAUACAGUCCGUCUUCAAGGCGAACGACGUACCACUGGAUAAAAUUACAGUCCUUUGUGGCGAUUGUUGGCAACAAGAAUUCUAUAAAGAUCAGGUGUAUCAUGUUAUAUUUUCUACGGAGUUGCUUGUGCGUGGAGAUAUCGAUGCUCAUAUGUGGCAGACUAUACAGAAUUUACGAAUCAGUCGUUUGGCUCCGGGCGGUCUCUUACUGCCCACGGGUAUCACUGUGAUACUUCAACUAGCGACGAGUGAUUGGUUAGAUAUAAAUAACAAGUUACUAGAUGACAAUAUCGGCUUCAAAAUGGCGUCGCACGUUAACAAGUACCGGAAAACUCAAGCGCUCGAACUGGACUUGUCUGUGAUAAAGUAUGAAGAGCUAUCAAAUCCUGUUCUGCUAUCGGACUAUUGCAAUUCAAAUCGGUCCCAUAUAGUGUCAGUGACGCCACUGAAUGACGCGGAGUGUAGUGCAAUAUUGUGUUGGUACAAACUUAAAUUAUUUGAACACGAUGCUGAAAUUAGUACCAAGAGAGAAGGAUGCUUUAUAGACACUUUCGCUCAUCUAUUGAAUCCACCUGUACCGAUUUUCAAAGGUGAUGACUUGAAUUUGAUAGUAGUGACAGAAUCAAAUGGAUGUAGCAAGUGCUAUUUACAUAAUAAUUUCCAAAUGGAGUAUUUGGAGAUUAAUGAAGCUCGUCGUUUGACUGCCCAAGGAGAAUACCGGGACGCUUUCAAGUCUUAUUUAACGGCAAUAGAAAAGCACCCAACCGUGAAAAUAUAUAAAGAAUACGAGUUCCGCGUGGUGUUGGCCAAAUUAAUGGAAGCGUUGUUCAAAAUGCCACGACACAGCUUCGAAAUGAUGUACUGCGUGCGUUAUGCCUUACGCGCUUUUCCCGAUAACAUCGUUCUAAUGACUGACAUCGGUGACAUCUUUUACAGCUACGGUAUGCAUGCCGAGGACCUGAUUCACUACGAAAAAGCUUUAAACCUCGAUUCGAGCCUUGUAAAUGUUGAAAUCAAAAUGAACGAGUCGAAGAAAAUGAUCUUUGACAGAGGUCUGUUCAGAUUAUAUAACGAUAAAACACGAAACGCCGCGUAUGGAUCCGCCAUGUACAUGGAGAUAAAACCUCAAUACGACCGAAUAUUAGACAUGGACGGGGGCAUUGGUUUAUCGGCGCUGAUAGCCCGCGGGUGCAAGGCGCAGUCCACUUUGCUUGUGCGCGGAGAUAUCGACGCUCAUAUGUGGCAGACUAUACAGAAUUUACGAAUCAGUCGCUUGGCUCCGGGCGGUCUCUUACUGCCCACGGGUAUCACUGUGACACUUCAACUAGCGACGAGUGAUUGGUUAGAUAUAAAUAACAAGUUACUAGAUGACAAUAUCGGCUUCAAAAUGGCGUCGCACGUUAACAAGUACCGGCCAACUCAAGCGCUCGAACUGGACUUGUCUGUGAUAAAGUAUGAAGAGCUAUCAAAUCCUGUUCUGCUAUCGGACUAUUGCAAUUUAAAUCGGUCCCAUAUAGUGUCAGUGACGCCACUGAAAGACGCGGAGUGUAGUGCUAUAUUGGCGCUGCCAUAUAAGGGAGAAUAUUAUGUAGCAGGAGCGAAAUCCAAACGUUUUGCUAAUAAAUAUCGACUGCAUGAAACAGUCAAGAAAAUUUUGAAAAUUCCUAACUCAAAAGUGCACUGUAUCUUACCUGAACAAAAAACAUUCUACAAAGAAGAUUUGAAUAUGUACGACGAUAUCAAAAUCAUGACGGAUGAACAAUUAGUUUUCGAUAUAAAUUUUGAUCGAUAUGACGAUGUGGUAGCAAAAAAUCGUAAAUCAUAUUACGAUAUUAACCUAAUAGCAAAAGAGGACGGUGAAAUUGAUGUGAUAGUGGGCUGGUUUAAACUUUACUUAACAAAAUACAUAGAACUAACGAAUGACCCGCGUACCGCUACUGUACCGUGCGAAAGCCGCACAAACGGGUAG